GUAAAGCGCGGCAGUCGAACGGCCGGUUCCGGCUGAAUGUCAGUGCGGGGCUGUGGGCCGGGGAGGAAGGUGGCUGGCGGUCCCUCCACCGCCUCCGCCGCUGCCUCCUGCGCUUGUGUUGCCGCCGCGGGCGCUGGGCCGCUCGGCCGGUGGGGCAUGAGACCGUGAGGCGAGCAAGGAAUCGGGGCCGCCGACAUGUUUGGCCGCUCGCGGAGCUGGGUGGGCGGGGGCCAUGGCAAGUCCUCCCGCAACAUCCACUCCUUGGACCACCUCAAGUAUCUGUACCACGUUUUGACCAAAAACACCACAGUCACUGAACAGAACCGGAACCUGCUAGUAGAGACCAUCCGCUCCAUCACCGAGAUCCUGAUUUGGGGGGAUCAAAAUGACAGCUCUGUGUUUGACUUCUUCCUGGAGAAGAAUAUGUUUGUUUUCUUCUUGAACAUCCUGCGGCAGAAAUCAGGCCGUUACGUGUGUGUUCAGCUGCUGCAGACCUUGAAUAUCCUCUUUGAGAACAUCAGUCACGAGACCUCCCUUUAUUAUUUGCUCUCUAAUAACUAUGUAAAUUCUAUCAUCGUCCAUAAAUUCGACUUUUCUGACGAGGAGAUCAUGGCGUAUUAUAUAUCAUUCCUGAAAACACUUUCGUUAAAGCUCAACAACCACACUGUCCAUUUUUUUUAUAAUGAGCACACCAAUGACUUUGCCCUGUACACAGAAGCCAUCAAAUUUUUCAACCACCCUGAAAGCAUGGUUAGAAUUGCUGUAAGAACAAUAACUUUGAAUGUCUAUAAAGUGGAUAAUCAGGCCAUGCUGCACUAUAUCAGAGAUAAAACGGCUGUCCCUUACUUCUCCAAUUUGGUCUGGUUCAUCGGGAGUCACGUGAUCGAGCUUGAUAACUGUGUGCAGACUGAUGAGGAGCACCGGAAUCGGGGGAAACUGAGCGACCUGGUGGCUGAGCACCUGGACCACCUGCACUAUCUCAAUGACAUCCUGAUCAUCAACUGUGAGUUCCUCAACGAUGUGCUCACGGACCACCUGCUUAACAGGCUCUUCCUGCCCCUGUACGUGUACUCGCUGGAGAACCAGGACAAGGGAGGAGAACGACCGAAAAUCAGCCUGCCGGUGUCCCUCUAUCUUCUGUCACAGGUCUUCCUAAUUAUACACCAUGCACCGCUGGUGAACUCGUUAGCUGACGUCAUUCUGAAUGGUGAUCUCUCUGAGAUGUACGCUAAGACUGAACAGGAUGUUCAGAGAAGUUCUGCUAAGCCCAGCAUUCGGUGCUUCAUUAAACCCACCGAGACGCUGGAGCGGUCCCUUGAGAUGAACAAGCACAAGGGCAAGAGGCGGGUGCAGAAGAGACCUAAUUACAAAAACGUCGGGGAAGAAGAAGAUGAGGAGAAAGGGCCCGCCGAGGACGCCCAAGAAGACCCUGAGAAGGCUAAAGGUACAGAGGGUGCUUCCAAAGGCAUCAAGACGAGUGGGGAGAAUGAAGAGAUCGAGAUGGUGAUCAUGGAACGCAGCAAGCUCUCGGAGCUGGCUGCCAGCACCUCUGUGCAGGAGCAGAACACCACGGACGAGGAGAAGAGUGCUGCGGCCACGAGCUACGAGAGUGCGCAGUGGAGCAGACCCUUCCUGGAUAUGGUGUACCACGCCCUGGACAGCCCGGAUGACGACUACCAUGCCCUCUUCGUGCUCUGCCUCCUCUACGCCAUGUCGCAUAAUAAAGGCAUGGAUCCUGAGAAAUUGGAGCGAAUCCAGCUCCCAGUGCCGAAUGCGGCCGAGAAGACCGCCUACAACCAUCUCCUGGCCGAAAGGCUCAUCAGGAUCAUGAACAACGCUGCCCAGCCAGACGGGAAGAUCCGGCUGGCGACCCUGGAGCUGAGCUGCCUGCUCCUGAAGCAGCAAGUCCUGACUGGCUCCGGCUGCAUCAUAAAGGACGUGCAUCUGGCCUGCCUGGAGGGCGCGAGAGAAGAAAGUGUUCACCUCGUUCGACAUUUUUAUAAGGGAGAAGAAAUCUUUCUGGACAUGUUUGAAGAUGAGUACAGGAGCAUGACAAUGAAGCCCAUGAAUGUGGAAUAUCUCAUGAUGGACGCCUCCAUCCUGCUUCCUCCAACAGGCACGCCGCUAACGGGCAUUGACUUCGUGAAGCGGCUGCCGUGUGGCGACGUGGAGAAGACCCGGCGGGCCAUCCGGGUGUUCUUCAUGUUGCGCUCCCUGUCGCUGCAGCUGCGAGGGGAGCCCGAGACCCAGUUGCCGCUCACUCGGGAGGAGGACCUGAUCAAAACCGAUGACGUCUUGGAUCUGAAUAACAGCGACUUGAUCGCGUGCACGGUGAUCACAAAGGAUGGCGGCAUGGUCCAGCGAUUCCUGGCUGUCGACAUUUACCAGAUGAGUUUGGUGGAGCCCGACGUGUCCAGGCUUGGCUGGGGAGUAGUCAAGUUUGCAGGCCUUCUGCAGGACAUGCAAGUGACUGGUGUGGAUGAUGACAGCCGCGCCCUGAACAUCACCAUCCACAAGCCUGCGUCCAGCCCCCACUCCAAGCCCUUCCCCAUCCUCCAGGCCACCUUCAUCUUCUCAGACCACAUCCGCUGCAUCAUCGCCAAGCAGCGCCUGGCCAAGGGCCGCAUCCAGGCGAGGCGCAUGAAGAUGCAGAGGAUAGCGGCCCUCCUGGACCUCCCGAUCCAGCCAACGACCGAAGUCCUGGGCUUCGGACUCGGCUCCUCCUCUUCCACCCAGCACCUGCCUUUCCGCUUCUAUGACCAGGGCCGCCGGGGCAGCAGUGACCCCACGGUGCAGCGCUCUGUGUUUGCUUCUGUGGACAAGGUGCCAGGCUUCGCCGUGGCCCAGUGCAUAAAUCAGCACAGCUCCCCGGCCCUGUCCUCGCAGUCGCCACCCUCUGCCAGCGGGAGCCCCAGCGACAGCGGGAGCACCAGCCACUGCGACUCGGGAGCCGCCAGCUCGUCCUCCACCCCCUCCGCAGCCCAGAGCCCAGCAGAUGCCCCCACGAUUCCAGAACAACCUCAGCCUCACCUUCCUGACCAGUUGGUGAUCGUCAACGAAACAGAAGCAGACUCCAAGCCCAGCAAGACUGUGGCCAGGGGUGCAGCCCUGGAGACAGCCAGCUUGUCCCCCAGCCUGGUCCCCGCCCGGCAGCCCACCCUCUCCCUGCUCUGCGAGGACACUGCCGACACACUGAGCGUCGAGUCACUGACCCUCGUCCCCCCCGUCGACCCCCACAGCCUCCGCACCCUCACCAGCAUCCCCCCGCCACCCGCACCACCCGCAGUGUGCACAGAGCCCCUGGACGAAGACACCGCAUGUGCAGAGCACGCAGGCCCCUCCGGGCACUGAGUCGGCGCCGGGGCCUCCUUUUGUGUGUUCGGCCCCCCGGGCAGGGACCCCAGUGCAGCCGACUGGCGAGACACAUCGGGAGCAGCCCCCAGCAGCCAUCCCAACCGCCUGGCCCUGCACGCCUCGAGUUGGAGGGAGACUGGGCUCCGUUUGCAUCUUCUUUCACUGAGCGCCUCUUCGGGAACGGGCUGGGGCUGGUGGAGACACCCCGGCGAGUGCAGAUGGCGGCAGUGACCACCGCAGGGAGGAGGGUGAGCUCCUCGUCUCUGAGCCUGGGUGGCAGGACCCACUGGCACCUCUCCCUUCAGACCACUCCUCUGUCCCCAUCCCCAGCGUGCGCUGACGAAUUGGACCAGGUCCCUUUAGGGAGAAAUUUGUAGAAAAGUGAACUUAGAUGAUCCA